AUGACUGACAAAAAGACAUCAGCUACAAAAAAGGCUUCAACUGCUACCAAAAAAGCAACUCCAGCUGCACCAAAAGCAACUCCAGCUGCACCAAAAGCUGAAAAAGCUGAAGUAGCCAAAACACCAGUAGCAACUACACCAGCCCCAGCUCCAGCACAACCAAAAGCAAAGGCUGCUACACCAAGUGCUAAAUCAACAUCAUCGUUGGCUAAAACGUCGACAAAAGUUACUAAGAAAUCGACAUCAACAAAAGGUGGUGCUAAGAAGAAAGAAAAAUUCAUUAAAUAUUACAUCGACUGUACACACCCAGUUGAAGAUGGUAUUUUUGAUCUUAAUGCAUUUGAACGAUUCUUAUUGGAAAAAAUGAAGAUCAAUGGUAAAACAUCAAAUUUAGGUGAAACUGUUGGUAUCGAAAAGGCUAAAUCGAAAAUAUCCGUCACAUCGAAAGUUCCUCUUUCAAAACGAUACAUGAAAUAUUUAACAAAGAAAUUCUUAAAGAAACACGAACUUCGCGAUUGGUUACGUGUUAUUGCUAAUUCAAAAGAUGCUUAUGAAUUACGCUACUUCAAUAUCAAUCAAGAAGAAAACGAAGCCGAAGAAGCUUAA